AUGCCAAGAUCUCCUCCACAUCCAUCAAUGCAUAAUCAUGAUCAUCAGUCCGGCGACGUUCUCCGUCUUGGAAGCGGCGGCGGCGGCGGAUCCUCAUGCUCUUCCUCUGAUCUCAAUGCUACUUAUAACGCUUUAGGUUGCUUCAUGCAAAAGCAAAACCCAAGUUUUCAUGAACAACAAGAUCCUCAACAACGACAACAACACCAAUGA